GCGUUCACGGAGGUAGAGCGGCGCUGAAUGAGUCUCCGCGGCCGCUGCGUGUCCGUCUUCCACGCCGCGAAACUGCGUGUCCGUGCGGGGAUCUGUCGGGCGCGGGGAAGCUCACGCGAACGCAUCGGCCGGAGCCGCGCCGCUGCGGGACCAUGCUCACGCGGGUGAAGUCGGCGGUGGCCAAUUUCAUGGGAGGUAUGAUGGCCGGCGGCUCCAACGGGGACCAUCCCGGCGGCUCGGAUCUGCCGCUGAGAUUCCCCUACAGCAGACCGGAGUUCCUGGGACUGUCGCCGGACGAGAUUGAGUGCUCGGCGGAUCACAUUGCGAGACCGAUCCUCAUACUGAAGGAGACCAAGCGGCUGCCGUGGUCCACCGGCUACGCAGAGGUGAUCAACGCAGGAAAAAGCACAUUAAACGAGGACCAGGCCUGCUGUGAGGUGCUAGUGGUCAAAAGGAGACCUGCGGGAAGCUCCACGGCCAACCGGACCCCAACGGCCCGCAGGAGGUCUUCCCUGCCCAACGGAGAGGGUCUGGGCCUCCGGGAGUGCCUGGACAGCUCUGAAGACCUCACCUUGCACUACUGGGCCUUGUUCGAUGGCCACGCUGGUUCCGGGGCGGCCGUGGUGGCCUCCCGCCUGCUUCAUCACCACAUCGCCCUGCACCUUCAGGAGGUGAUGGAGAUCCUCUGCACUCCAAACCUGCUGCCCCCGACGUGCCUGGGGGAGGAGCCCAUCAAUCACCACCUGACCCCGACGUCCCAGCGCGCCCUCACCAGGGCGGCCUCGCUCCGCGGCGCCGCAGGGGCUCCGGGCUCGCCCAGCACCCCGCCCGCGCGCUUCUUUACCGAGAAGAAGGUUUCACACGAGAGCCUGGUGAUCGGCGCCAUCGAGAAUGCUUUCAAAGACAUGGAUGUGCAGAUAGAAAAGGAGAAGGCAGUCUACAACAUCUCAGGUGGCUGCACUGCUCUAGUGGUCGUCUAUAUGCUCGGAAAGCUCUACGUUGGGAACGCUGGGGACAGCAGAGCUAUCAUCGUCCGGGCCGGCGAAGUCAUCCCCAUGUCAGCAGAGUUCACACCGGAGUCAGAGAGACGGCGACUGCAGUUCCUGGCCUACAUGCAGCCCCACUUAUUAGGGAACGAGUUUACACAUCUGGAAUUCCCAAGGAGGGUCCAGAGGAAGGAGGUGGGGAAGAGGAUGCUGUACCGUGACUUCACCAUGGCAGGAUGGGCGUAUAAAACCAUCGAGGACGAUGACCUAAAGUUUCCCCUGAUCUACGGCGAAGGGAAGAAGGCUCGUGUGCUGGCGACCAUCGGGGUCACUCGAGGUCUUGGAGACCACAAUCUAAAAGUGCACGACUCCAACAUCUACAUUAAGCCCUUCCUGUCCUGCUGCCCAGAGGUCAAAGUCUACCCUUUGGCGCAGUGCGAGCACGGAGCCGAUGACGUUCUGGUGCUGGGAACUGACGGUCUGUGGGACGUCCUCUCUAACCAGGAAGUAGCCGAGGCAGUCACCUGUUUCCUGGCCAACUGCGACCCAGACGACCAGCACAGGUACACAAUGGCAGCUCAAGACCUCGUCAUGAGAGCACGAGGGGUGCUGAAGGACCGAGGCUGGAGGAUAUCAAACGACAGAUUAGGCUCCGGAGACGACAUCUCCGUCUACAUCAUCCCCCUCAUGUACGGCAACAAGCAGAACUAGCCCAGCUAUGAAACUACAGCCACCACGGAAACGUAACCCUGCCUUGGCCCCCGCCCCCCCAGCGUCACUUCUGCAGUUUCCCUCAUCCCUUUUACUCUUUUUUUUAAAAGUGCUUUAGCGUGGACUCCCUCCUCCUUGGAGGGAUCCAAGAUGCUUCUGUUCAGGGAUGAGGUCUCUGUCCAGGCCGUUGUCCCCUUGAUCACCUUCAUCUGGAUGAUCUCUCUUUGUCUGGUCCUUUUUUUAUAUAUAUAUAGAAAAGAAACUGUUCAAGAAACCGAAUCACGUGAAAGAGCUGUUGAAGAGUUGAACCACUGAUUUUUUUUUUUCCAAUCUCGAGGAAGCCAUCUUGAAUCGUGUUUUAAGGGAGUGUCGGGAGCGUGGACUCUCACAAAUGAGACGGUGACGUGCAUCUCAGGAUCACUGUUACUAACUAAUGCACAAUAUUUAUAAAUGUGAAAAUGUAAAUACUCCCAGGCGUUAGACAUUUGAUAAGUGUGUUCCUGUACAGAGUAAAAAAAAAACAAAAAAAAAACACUAACCUGAUGUCCUGCAUAUUUGAAUCAUACCUUCUCUGUCCCAUGUACAGCUUUUAAAUUAGACAAGUUCAGUCAUGUGCAAUCAUUAAUCUGCUGUUUAUCGGAGAGAAAAGCUUCUCCAGCUGGUUCAACUAAUGCUGUGGUUCUUAAUUUUGGUCAUUUGUACCCUUUGCAUUCCAAUACUGUGGUCACUACUAAGGAAAGCUGCUUCUUUUGAAGCUGAGGAAACACAUUUAUGAAGAAUACACUACCAGGAGGAGCCACCUUCCAGAUUUCAGCGUCUGCUACAUGUGACACCUCCUCCAACAUCUUACACUAUUAAAUCUAGUUCAGCUUUUUGCAUAAAUUCAGAUUUGAGAAUGACAGAGAAGUCUUUCUGUUGCACUCAUUCACCAUCGGCCAUCUACCUCAUGAUUUUCUCCCCUUCAUCGUGUUACACGCGUGCUGUCAUUCGGCUGUUUGCAUGCUCCGUCAGGUGCAUCGUCAGCUGCCACCUGUGCCAUUAUUCGGUUACAUUGUUACCUGCAAGAUUUGUAUAAAAUCUUUUCAGAAAAGCACUGAAACAAAAAAUAACCUUCCCAGGGAACUGUGUGAAGGGCGUACUGUUGUACAAAAUAUAUUUUUUAUAUAUAUUAAGCUCAAAGCCCCAAUGUCAUGCCCCCAUUUUUACCUUUUCUCUGUAUCAGUUGGGUGUAUUGUCCCUAUUAAGAUAAACCCAACCUCUUGCAUAGCAGGUGCCUCAAAUAGUGAGAAUCGUUCCGAUCUUUAAUGUGUCACUUAAAAGGACGUAGAAAUAAGACUAUCAUUGCAGACAGUUAAAUACACACUUACCUUAUGUCUCUGUACAAUCAUGAUCGUUCCCUGACUCAGUCUUCCACAGUUUAGUUCAUUUAGUUGUAGUUUUCAGCUUCUGCUAAUUGUGCACAAAUGUUGUAACUGCUGUACGAGUGGCUGAAAGUGGUGAAACGUGGAACAGAGUAACUUAAUUUCAUUGUAGAAAAAUGUAAAUAAUGUUUUCAGUGGACACUUUCCUCCUCUCCUUUCUUUUACUGUAAGUGAUGUACAUCUUACUGAAACAAAAGCAAAAUGCGUAAUUUGUACUGUUUUGGAAACCUAGAACCAUGUAAACAAAAUGGUUUACAUGCUCACUUUUCUGCUCUAUUAAAA